CUUCUCAGUAACAGAGAAGUGAAAGCUUCAGCAGGUGACUCAACAGCAGAGAAACAGUGAAGACUUUUGUUAAGGAGUCGACUUUCAACUUGGCAGAUCAUCCUGCAGUAAUUCAGGGGACCCAGGAAAAUGCUUCCACCGGUGAUAGUUGUGUUCAUGCUCAUCUCUUUUACCUGUGGAGAAAAUCCUGCUGUACAAGUCAUCCUGACUAACAAAGGACUUCAGUACGGAAAGCAUGUCGGUGCAGGAUGGAUUCAGGACACGUUGGAGCAUGUCACUCUCCCUGACAUCAAUGGAGACGUCUUAGGCAUACACUACACACUAACAGGCAUCACCAUAACAAAGUGUGACUUUCCAGAGCCGUCUCUUGAGUUCAAGCAGGACAACACAGGAUUCAAGGCAUCCAUCUCAGGCCUCAGUGUUGCACUGACCGGCGGGUGGAUGACAAACUUUGGUAUAAUACAUGACGGAGGAACAUUCGAUUUGGCUAUAUUUACUAUGGAUGUGACCUCGGUAGUGGAGCUGGGGAAAGAUGCUAACGGCCAUCUGUCGGUCACCAGUGUCAGCUGUGAUGCUCAGGUUGCAGAUGUGGACAUACAAUUUCACGGUGGAGAAAGUUGGAUCUUCAAUCCUUUUGUGGAGCAUUUCAAGGGGCGUAUCAAGAGUGAAAUACAGAGCACAAUAUGCCCAAAUGUGAAGGAAUCCAUUGUGAACUUGGAGCACCAUCUACAGGCCAUGAACGUUUCCUUUGAUGUGGAUGAAGACUUCGCUUUUGCCCUCCCUCUCACCGGCGUACCCGUCGUGAAUGCGUCAAGUUUGAAUCUGGGUCUUAAGGGAGAGUUCUACAAUAUAAAGACUCACGCAGAGCCUCCCUUUGAGGCCCAGCCUUUCACAGUGCCUGAGCAGCCGGGCUACAUGUUGUCAUUGGGCCUGUCUGAAUUCACCGUGAACUCUGCCACGUAUGGAUUCUACUCUGCUGGAUGGCUUCAGACCCUCAUCACUGACAGCAUGAUACCUUCAUACCUCCACGUGCAUCUAAACACCAGCUCAAUGGGGCCUUACAUUCCUCAGCUUCCCAAGAUGUUUCCUGGUCUUCUGAUGAAUCUGCAGGUUUAUGCCAGACAGGUGCCGAUGUUUUCCUUCCAGCCCGAUGUCGUUAAACUGGCCCUCCAGGGCGCCGUGAAGGCCUUCGCCAUCCAGACAAAUCACACCCAGACCCCACUGUUCAAACUCAAUGUUGACUCAAACUUCAGCGGUAAAAUGUGGGUUGCUGGUGGAAGACUGAAGGGCUCCAUGGCACUGGAGAAUUUUUCACUGACGCUGGCAGCGAGUGAAGUGGGACCCUUUAAGACCGACACUUUGGAAGGUUUCACCAGAAUGGGAAUGAAGUUCGGCCUCAUGAAACUGAACAUGGAACUGGACAAAGGUGUUGUUUUACCCAGAAUGAGACACGCACAGCUGGUCAACACAGUUCUGGGGGUGGAAGAGGGAUUUAUAGCCAUCUCUUCAGAUGCUGAGGUGUUAACAGACUUCCACUGACAUCAGACCGGUCUGUUCAACUCAAACAUGUCAACUCAUCUCGGUUCAGACUCAGGCCUACAUAAUCAAAACGUGCUAAUCUACAGCCCUCAUGUCAAAUCUGCAGUAAUUCAUUAUUCAUUUAGAUAUGCUUAUAACAUGUUCAGCCUCAAAUCUAAUCUUUGUUGUGUAUGUAUUCAAAUUGAAUAUUUUUUUAAAGUGCAUUCUCCAUUUAUAUCAAAAUAAGAUAAUAAAGGGGUUAAAAAAUGUA